GUAUCUUAUCAAGCUUUGUACUUUUGGGAUUCCCGGCAUCAAAAGAACUGCAGCCAUUUCUGUUCCUUGUUUUUUUGAUCAUCUAUUUAGUUUCCUUUGCUUGCAACUUCCUUAUAAUGGCCGUUGUUUGCUGUGAUAAUAAGCUUCACAGCCCAAUGUACUUUUUCAUUUGCAUCUUUUCAUUUUUAGAAAUCUGUUAUACAUCAGUCACUAUGCCCAGACUUCUGAUUGAUCUAAAUUCAGAUGACAAAAUCAUUCCUAUCCCAUUGUGUGUGGCCCAGUUUUAUUUUCUUUUUGUCUUUGGUUCAACUGAAAAUUUCUUGUUAUCUUCUAUGGCUUAUGACAGAUACACAGCUAUUUCCAAUCCCUUAAGGUAUAAUAGUAUUAUGACGCCAAGGGUAUGCAUAUUCUUAGCAGCAGCAUCGUGGGUAUGUGGCUUUCUGGCCCCCCUGAUUCCAGCCACAUUCCUCUCAAUUACAUUUUUCUGUGGCUCUAAUAUAAUUGAUCACUUCUACUGUGACUUCUCUCCAUUACUUCACCACUCUUGUGCAACUGGUGGUGUCUACAUUGUUGAAACAACCUUCUUCUCUUUGGCUUGUUUGGUUAUACUAGGCAAUUUUAUUUUCAUUAGUAUGUCCUAUGGUCUAGUUAUGGCUAUUAUUGCUAAUAUACCUUCUCCGAGAGGAAGGAGGAAGACACUUUCAACCUGUGGUUCACAUCUGACUGUUGUCUGCUUGUUUUAUGGCUCCAUCAUUUAUAUGUAUGUCAGAUCAGACCACAGCAUUCCCUCCCAUAUUGAUAAAGUGGUGUCACUAUUCUACUGUGUCAUAACUCCUACCUUAAACCCUCUAAUUUAUGGUCUCAGGAAUCAAGAAAUGAAGCAAGCCAUUAAAAGAAUAACAUUUACAAUCUGCAAACAAAAUUCUCUUUGCCAGCUUUAAAGAUUAAAAUGACUUAAAGAGGAGGUUCACCCUCAAAAUAAACUUUCCAGCAUCCUUAAAGCGG